GUAAUCUCUCUUUCUGGGAACCAAGUCCCAAAUAAUUCUUUCCUCCACGACGCAAUGAAUCUCUUCCUAGCCACCUUUCUCCUCCUCUCCCUUACGCGGCGGGCGCUGUCCUUCAACUUCACCAGCUUCACCGCCGGCGAUAACCGCAUCAGCUUUGAGGGAGCGGCGGCCGUCGACGUGAGCCAUGCCAUCGAGCUGACUACCAGCAGCGACACCAUCAGCCGAGCCACAUAUGCCGACCCGCUCCGCCUCUGGGACAAGUCCUCCGGCGACCUCACCAGCUUCGCCACCAACUUCUCCUUCGUCAUCGACUCUCAAAACCGGUCCAACUACGGCGACGGCCUGGCCUUUUUCCUCGCCCGGCCGGGCCAUGGCGUGACUCGGGCCGGCCGGUUUGGGCUCACCACCGACGACGAGAUGUUUAACUCCACUGACCAUCCCUUCGUCGCCGUCGAGUUCGAUACCUACCAGAACGAUUACGACCCUAUUGGGACCCAUGUGGGCAUCGAUGUCAUGUCGAUCAGAUCUGUUAAUAACAUCUCAUGGUGGAGCAGCGUGAAGGACGGGAAGACGAAUGAAGCUUGGAUCCGAUACGAUUCCGGGUCGAAGAACCUGAGCGCCGUCUUCACGGGCUUUAAGAACAACACCAGGAUAUUACAAGGGCUCUCCUACGUGGUAGAUUUGAGAGAGUAUUUGCCCGAAUGGGUCACGUUCGGAUUUGCGGCGACAACCGGAUCUAAUUACGCGGUUCAGCUCGACUCUGUCGACCCGAAGAAAUCCCGAGUGGGAUUGGCAGUCUGGCUGGGCGUUGGAGCGGGAGUGGCCUGCGGGUUGGGUUUAAUACUGUCCGCGAUUUUACUUCGGAACAGGAAACGAAGACACAAAGAUAGGCACGAGAUUGACGUGGGGAUGGAGGAACAGCUCGAAAGAGGAAGUGGACCGAGAAAAUUCAAGUACAAUGUGUUGGCUCGCGCAACGGCCAAUUUUUCAGAAGAAAACAAGCUUGGGGAGGGAGGAUUUGGGGGAGUUUAUAAAGGUUUCUGA